AGCUCCCAGAGCUCCCCCGUCCGACCCCCCCUCCUCCCUCACCCAUUCCCCCCAAAGCUCCCCCAGCUCCAAGCUUACCAGUCCCCUCCCUCUCACGCUUCGCGCUCUGCUGCCCCCCUUCCCAAGCAGCCUUUCUUCCCCAAGCACAGCGGCCAACGUUUCUCUCUCCCUACCACCCCCAGCUUCCUCUCCCCCUUCUCUACUUUUCUUCCCUCCUUUCCUCUCCUCCUUUUCCAUCUUUUCUCAUACUUAGUCCAUCCAUAAAUUUCUCCUGCCUAUCAAUUCGCCAGUCCAGUUCUUAAUUUUCCAUCGAAAAACCGCCCCCCCAGCUCAUUUUCAUCCUCCAAACAUGACUUCACGGAAGAGAAAGCAGGAGGAAGAGGAAGAAGAGCUCGUUGCUCUACCUAGCGACGAAAGCGAAGAGGAAGAGGAGUAUAUAUCCGAAGGGGAUGAAGAUGACGACGCCGAUGAUGUUGAGGAUGAUGACGAAGAGUAUGAUGAAGUAGUCGAACCGGAACUGGACGAGGAAGAGAUAGACAAAGAAAAUGGUGUAAAGCCUGUUCCUACUCAACCUGAAGCCCCUCCAAAGAAGAAGCUGAAGACAGCCGGGGCUCCCGUCGAGCCCGUUCCCGUCGCCAAGAAUUAUGGCGACGAGGAGGGCGACGAAGAGGAGUUUGAUGUUGAAGAGGAGAACUUUGAGGAAGAAGAGGAAGAGGAAGAGGGCUAUGAUGACGAAGAGGACGGUGGAGAGGACCAGGAGAAUGGUGUCGACGAACCUAAGAAAUUGGGUAUCGACGUCGAUCUGCCUACUAACGGCAAGACUCAUGCAGCGAAACAAGUUGCUGCUAACGGCGACGAGGCUGAUGACUGAGUUAUCUCAUACCUCCCCAUUCAUACCGCAGUACGCAACUUGAAGCCCGGUAGCUACAAGGAGUUCGGCCGGUGUGUUUCUCUCAGUCAUAACUUCUUUCGCCCAUGAUCUUCCGCCUACCAAUUCCCGCAAUAAGGGGUCUUGCUUUUUCUAUUUCAUCACUGCUUAUUUCAUUAGUGGCAUAGAAGGGUUCAUGUGCCAAUUUAACAGCACAUUUAAUGGAAAGACAUCAAGAUUUUUGCUCU